AUGGCCCAGGGCAUUACCUUCCGUGGCGAGACCUUCGCCGUUCCGGAAACUCACGAUAUGGUGAAGACGCUUUUCGACCCCACAGUCAGGAAGCUGGUGUGUGAAGUGAUCAUCUUGGUGCUUUUGGCGUCCAACGGGUUGGUGUUCUUGCUUCCGCUGGCCGACGCCCAGAUCAAGGCGUUUAUUGCGUUGUAUGUGUUUUGGCGUUUUUGCUAUAACUUUGGCAUUGGCUACUUGCUUAAUCAGCAGCUGAACAGGUUUAGGCUUGUGGAGUGGGCACGCAAGUACCGUGUGUUUGACAAGGAGAACAAGAGUGGAUUGGCUAAUUUUGUACGGUUGGAGAUCAGGUCGCAGAUGGGCGCUGAGUAUGAUAUCUGUGGGUUUCCAGUGGACUUCAAUACGUGGUUGAUUUUCCGCAAAGUGGUGGAUUUGAUCUUGAUGCUGGACUUCACUACGUUUGUGUGUCUUGUGGUGGCGUGCUGCCUUAAGGACGAUUACCAGUUUUUGCACGGGCAGCCGGUUUGGGCGGUGAGCUCAAGAAUUGUCGUUGGUGUGUCGUUGAUCUUGUUUAACCUUUGGGUGAAGAUCAAUGCUCAUAAUACCAUUAAGGAUUAUGCGUGGUACUGGGGGGACUUCUUCUUCCGCCAGAUCAACAAUGAAGAUUUGAUUUUCGACGGUGUGUUUGAAAUGUUCCCUCAUCCCAUGUACUCGGUGGGUUAUAUUGGAUACUAUGGGUUUGCGCUUAUUGCUAAAUCGUAUACGGUGCUUGUGGUUGCGUUGUUUGGCCAUUUCUUGCAAAUGGUGUUCUUGCACUUUAUUGAAAACCCUCAUAUCGAUAAGAUCUAUGGUCCUUCGGCCAACGAGAACAGUUUACUGCAGUUGAUCAGCUAUAAGGAUUUGGCUAAUUUCGAUAACGCAAAGCCUUUGGUUGGGUUGGCCAACUUUAACCUUCUUAGAGCCAGUGAUGUGAUCAAUUUGAUUAACUGUGUGACGUACCUGGCGUUUAUUCCCAUUUUGGCGUCGCUUUCUGCCUCCAACGUUUCUGCUGUGGGUAGGAUUCUUUUCUACUUGACCGUCACCAUCAAGGUUCUUGAAUCUGUGUCUAUUAACAGUGUUCUUGUUUUCCAGAGCGAGUUUAAAACCUUUACUAGAUGGUACCUUUCCAAUAACGUGCCCGUGGAGAAGUCUUUGAACAACUUUGCUGUUCUUUACAACUCCUUCAUCAACUUGACGUAUGCUUCGUUUAUUGGUAUGAACUUGUUUAAGGUUCUUACCUGGUGUGAGUUCCAGCACUUGUUCUUUACCGAUUACCUUUACUUGAGGAUUUUCAUGGGCGUUUUGCUUGUUAUUACUCAGGUUUGGAUCAACACUUCGAUUGUUGAUCUGAUUGGUUACUUUGGUUGGUUUUAUGGUGAUUUCUUUAUCCCCAAGUCUUCGUUCAUGCCUCAAAGAGCCCACUUGACCAAGGCUGGUGUUUACCGUUACUUGAACAACCCAGAACAAGUGUUUGGUGUUUGUGGUGUCAUGGGAGCUACGUUGAUGUUGCCUACUUUCGAUAACCUUGUGAUUUGCUUGAUUUGGGUCGUCAACAACUUUGUCAGAAUCAACUUCAUUGAAAAGAACCACAUGAUCAAGAUCUAUGGUGAAGAAGAGGUCUACCAAGACAGUGGAGUCACCAAGACCGUCAAGAAGCACUUGUUGCCUGAAAGUAUUGAAAAGAAGCUCAGUAGAUCUGACUCGCAAAAACGCAACGCUGCCACCACCUCGUUGAUUUUGUCGUUUGACAGUUUCAUGAAGGAGUUGAGAGCCACCACCAGCAUGUUCUCCAAGCAGAACAUCGCCGACUUAUCCCAGAACAAGUACUUUGCCAACAGCGACUACCACUUAGAAAUCACCGGCUUGGAAGAGUCCGAUUCUAUUCCUUACAAGUACGUGGGCCAGCCUGUGAAAGUCAACUUCACUGCUCCUUCAGAGCACUCUGCCCAUGACUGGGUUGGUUUAUACAAAGUCACCCAUACCACCUACUCCCGUUACAGAACAUUGAUUUCGUCCAACUCCCGCUGGGACUGGACUGGAGCCGAAACCACCGGUUCCAUCGAGUUCUCCAGAGACAAGUUAUUCUGGGAAGAAGGCCUCUACGAGUUUAGAUACCAUAUCGACGGCAAGCACGAUGUUGGAUUCAUCUCGUCGCCUUUCGAAAUCAAGGUUCCUCAUAUUCCUGUCCCCACCAACCCUUCAGAUGCCACCGAGUUGGCCCAGGAGCUCAACGAAACCAUCUUCUCGCCCAUGUUGGAGUCGUCUCCCGACAUCAACACGCCGAUUUACCAGUUUAUUUCCAAAACAGACGACAUUGUGGCCAUUUACACCAGAGUCGCUCAGCUUAUUGCCAAGAGCACUGGCGUGAAGGUCAGCAAGCGGUUCUUGAUCUACAACGACAACGAAAGCGGCAACAAGUUCACCAUCUACGACUUGGCUGCCAAGUUGGUGUCGAUCAACAAUGCCUUGUCUGAGUUGCUGGUGGACGAGCACGAGCAAGAUUUACAGGAUAAGAAGACCCAGUAG